AUGAUCUUCCAACACUCUCUCCUCGCCGCCCUGGCAUCCCUCGCCCUGGCAAAGCCGACUCCCACCAGAACAACCUCCAACCCAUCCAUCAACGCCCUCGAGAAGCGCGCCCUCUGCAACGACCACGAAAACCAGCUCGCAACAUGGUACGACAAGGGCACCGACCCGAACCAGAUCACGGCCUGCGGGCACAAGUACGACCCCACGGCCAUUGUCGUGGCCAUUUCCACCGACGUGCCCAACUACAAGAACUACUGCGGCCGGCAGAUUCUCAUCUCUUCAAGAGAGCAGACGGCUGCCGUCAUUGCGAUUAUCGACGAUGCUAACGCUACGGGGACGCUGGGGGAGUUUGCGCUGGACUUGUCGCCGGCGGUGUUUGAUAUGCUUUCGCCGACGGAUCAUACGGUGGAUGCGGAUGGGGAGGUUGCGAUUGAUUGGGUUGUGCUUGGUGGGGAUCCUUGCCCUUGA